ACCCUCUGAGUAGAUUUUCAGAACUAUAAAAGCCAAAAGAAAAAAAAAACCAUUAAUAAUAUCCUAAGAUUUUUUUAUUUAUUUUUUUCUAUUGUUUCUUCUUUCCUUCUUCUUGAGCUUCUAUUUUCUACAAUGUCAUAGUAACCCUUACCAGCCGCAAAACCGCCUUUGUCGAAACAAAUACCAGUAAAACUCAAACUGACAAUUUAAUUUCCUGCUUCUGUACAUUCAAAAUCCUCUUUCCUUUUGAUAUAUGUAAAUAUAUCGUUAGCUCCCUCUUAAAUCUCUCUGUCACGACCUCGAUUGCAUUCUAGCUCUACUGUACAAAGAUUUAAACCCGUACGCGUUUUGAACUCAUUUAGUGGACUGAAUUGAGCUUGGUUGUUUUCUUUCUAUAAAAAUUUGGUAUACGUAUAUAUAUUAUAUUUUUAAAUCUGAGCUAUAUAUAAAGAAGAGCUUGGGAUCCCUAAAAUCGUCGAAAUUAAAAUUGGCAUUAUUCUAUAAUUUGGUAUUUUGGAGAUUCAGAAUUUCGGAGCAAGUUUGUCCGCGAAGAAGCGAAAAAGAAUUAAAGAGCUAGUCAAACAAAUGGACCGGUGUUCUUUCCUUUUGGAAGGAGGGAAGAUAAGCUUGCCGAAAUGGAAUAUAAUCAUGUAGAAUUUUAGUGAGAAGUGGGGUAUACAAUAACACUUGGGGUUCUUAUUCCUGUUACUGGUUAGUUUGUGAAGCACACAUUAUGGGGCAGAGUAUAGCACAACCAAGGAUUGCAUUUGUUAAACUUUUGAGGUUUAAAUCAUCUGAGAUUGCGGGGUUAAUACACGUUUCUCCCUGCUUUAUAUCCUAAUGUUCAACUGAGCACAAGGUUGAUGCUGGUUGUCACCAACUGUUGCUGGUUUCCAGUGAGAGUUGUGAGGUGAAUUUGGUUGACUAACAUGAAGAGAAUACAAUAUUCCUGCAUAUUUAUGCAUUCAAAUCCUUAUUGCUUUUGCAUGGUUAGAUUGUAGUUUAUUUUCUUUUCUGGAUUUCUUGUUUUCACUGAAAAGGUUAGUAUCUAAAACCUUUGUCAUAUUAUUCUGCACAGUAGUUCUAAUUUCAGGAAAAGCUGCCUCAUUCUAUCACUGCAGAAUAAAUAGAUAACUUCUAUUUCCAUAAUGCAAUCUGUGGCCUUAGCAGCAGCCUAUACUUGAGCUGAAGAGAUGCCAUCAAAUUCUUGUCAGCUGGAAUGAAGACCUUACAGAAAUCCAAAAAGCAUUACUUGAAUAUUUUAUAGCUCAGUAAAUUGAACAAAGCAUUGAUAUUGGACUACAGAGCACCCAGGAAAUACAGUCCUCAAACCAAGUUUCACAGGACUCCCAAAGUGACCAACAGAACAAUCACACUGCAGAGCCUCCUUCAGCAGACUCUGGUUCAGUAUCUGCUUCAAGCAAUGAUAGCCGAAAGGUUUCACGCCAAGAUAUUGAACUUGUCCAGAAUCUAAUAGAACGAUGCUUGCAAUUGUACAUGAAUAGAGAUGAGGUGGUCAGAACCCUCUUGACACGUGCUAGGAUAGACCCUGGGUUUACAACAUUGGUAUGGCAGAAAUUGGAAGAAGAAAAUGCUGAUUUCUUCAGGGCCUAUUACAUAAGGUUGAAACUGAAGAAGCAGAUUCUCUUAUUUAAUCAUUUGCUUGAGCAUCAAUAUCAUCUUAUGAAGUUUCCUGUACCUCCAAAGGUUCCUUUGGCCCCUAUACAAAAUGGAAUUCAUCCCAUGCCUGUCAACAAUUUGCCUAUGGGAUAUCCUGUCUUACAACAACCUCCAAUGCCAGCUCCAGGUCAGCCCCAUCUUGACUCCAUGAACUGUGGAAUAUCAAGCUGCCAUGUAGUUAACGGAGUCCCUGCACCAGAAAAUUUUCAUCCUAUUCGUAUGAAUUCUGGGAACAAUAUGGUGAUGGAGAAUAAAACAGCUGAUAUUGCUCCUGUAGUUCCACCAAGCAGUGGCAUGUCAUCUAUGUCUGAGAUGCCCGUGAGUCCUACUUCAGUGGCGUCCAGUGGUCAUUUUCCCUUUACUGCAUCAGACAUGUUAGGAAUCGGAGUUGACACAUCAGCACUUGAUACAGCAUUUACAUCUGAUGUGGCAAGCUCGGUAGGAUUACAGCUUGGACCAGAUGGUGGUGCUGGCACCUCCAGAUCUUUAGAUCAGAUUCAAUGGAAUUUCAGCCUGUCUGACCUAACAGCAGAUUUAUCAAACUUGGGAGAUUUAGGAGCUCUAGGAAACUAUCCUGGUUCUCCAUUUCUGCCAUCUGAUUCAGAAAUUUUGCUUGAUUCUCCAGAGCACGAGGACAUAGUGGAGGAAUUUUUUGUUGAUUCUGUCCCUGGACCGCCAUGCUCCCAGUCAGAUGAAGAGAAAUCCUAGGUUGAGGUGACGGCCCAUCCUUUUUCUUCUGUUCCUAAUUGUUAGGAUAGGAUGAGUUAGAUGAAUAAACUUAAAACAUUUUCUAGGAACUUUGAUGAUUAUAGAAUUGAACAUUUUGUGUCGUCCACUUGUUGAUUGUAAUUUUCAAGUUUUAGCCCCCCCAAUAAUAAUUAUAAUUAAAAGAAAAUGUAAAAUGUGCAAGUUUAUAUGUGCUUCUAUCUAUGGCAACUCAUUGCUGAUUAUUUCACUCA